AUGACCCAGGAUGUCGGCUGGGGCGGAGGCUUAGUUCUCCUUUUCCUAAAACAGAUGUUCCUAGGAGGGCUGAUCGGAGUUCUUUUUGGCCACGCGAUUGUAUGGAUCACAAACCGGCUGAACCUCGACACCGCAGGUCUAUAUCCACUUCUAGCAACCGGCAUGAGCCUGAUGACGUUUGGCUUGGCCUCGUACUUUGGUGGAAGUGGUUUCCUCGCGGUUUACCUCGCGGGGAUCAUCAUUGGCAAUAACCGUGUUGUGUUUAAACGAGGAACGUUGCUCUUUCAUAAUGCCUUGGCAUGGUUGGCUCAGAUUGCCAUGUUUAUUGUCCUGGGGCUGCUAUGUUUUCCAAGCAGCUUGUUGGCAGUUAGCUGGCAGGCGUUAGGAAUUGCGAUCGUACUGAUGUUCGUCGCGCGACCGCUGGCCGUUGCCGUUUGUCUGUGGCCGUUUGGAUUCCAAAAGAAAGAAAUGACAUUGGCAACGUGGGGUGGCUUGAAAGGGGCCGUCCCGAUUACCUUGGCGACAUUCCCGGUACUAUUCGACAUCGUUAAUGCCGAGUUGAUAUUCGAUGUCGUCUUCUUCGUCGUGGUACUCUCGGCGCUCAUCCAAGGUUGGUCAUUGCCGUGGGUGGCCAAAAAGCUUGGCCUAAACCAACCGCUGCCCAGCAGUCCCCCAGUCCAACUGGAAAUUCAUUCUUUGCGACAUGUCGAAGGAGACGUUGUCGACUAUACCGUUGCUGGCAACUCGCCAGCCGCAGGCAAGAAAGUCAGCGAGCUUUCGCUACCGGAAGGGGUCACGAUUGCAUUGAUUGCGAGAAACGAUGCCUUUAUUCCUCCACGAGGCUCCACCAUCAUCAAUCCAGGGGACCACGUCAUUGCGGUCAUGAAGAGAGACAAGCAGAGUCGACAUUCGUUAAGCUAUCGGAUUGUUCGGUUACUGUUCCUCAGCGAGACAUCACCGCCAAUGGCAUACAACGAAGAAAUGUCAUCUCGCCUGUAUCGUUUGCUCCGACCCUACGAUGGGCUAACAGGAAAGCCAAUGUUUGGUGGUUUUGCGUAUCUCUUGCACGGUAAUUUAUGUUGCGGCGUACGCGACAACCACUUGAUUCUACGGGUCGGUCCAGAUGCCUAUCCCCAGUUACUGAAGUCGCCUGGCAUACGCGAGUUUGCUCCAACAGGACGCGUCAUGCGCGGAUGGAUUGUCGUCGAUCCCGAAGGCUUCCAACACGAAGAUGAUCUUCAUCGACUCGAAGUCACGCAACUCGGAUACGGCACCAUGGGCCUUCGCGGUCCCAACACAUGGGGCGUCCGAGUCAUCGAGGACGAUGCCGCCGACCACUUUCUCAAUCGUGUCGUCGAUGCUGGAAUUAAUUUUCUCGACACGGCUCCUGACUAUGGGCAAGCCGAAGAACGUAUCGGGCGAGCUCUGAGCCAUAGACGCGAAGAGUUUUAUCUGGCAACGAAGUGUGGAUGCGCGUAUGUACAACACCCCGAUCACAUCGAGAUCAAGCACGAAUGGCAAACGGACGUCAUCAAACGCAACUUAGAAACAAGCCUGAAACGACUUAGAACCGACCAUGUCGACUUGAUGCAGUUCCAUGGAGGUGAUGCGGAAACCCUUCAAAAAGCAGGCUUGAUUGAUCAGCUGAUUUCCUUCCGCGUGCAGGGCCUCGUUAAACAUCUUGGCAUUUCAACGAAGAUGCCAGACUUGCCUGGCCUGAUCGAAUUAGGCGUAUUCGAGACCUUUCAGAUUCCCUACUCCUGUCUCGCUCCAGAGCAUCACGACAUGAUUUCGACUGCCGCGGAAUCAGGUGCCGGCAUAAUUAUUCGUGGAGGGAUUGCUCAUGGCGGUCCCGAUGCUGAAAUCCAACGUCCUAACUUGAACGACGUUUGGACUGCUGCUUCGCUCGAUAGCCUCCUGACCGAUGGCAUGACACGCGCCGAAUUGAUACUUCGCUACACGCUUUCCCAUCCUCACUGCGACACAACGAUCGUCGGUACUUGUAACGAAGCGCAUUUGGCAGAGAACAUUGCAGCCGCCGAAAAAGGAGCGUUGCCUGACGGUCUGAUCGAAGAAAUUCGUCGCCGCGUCAAUGCGUUAUGA